AUGGAUCAGAAAAAUCAGACAAUUGCGUUUUACUUCAUUCUUAAAGGAAUUUCAGAUGUUUCCGUGUUUCAGGUUCUGGUCUUCUUCCUGGUUCUUCUCAUUUACCUCAUCACACUUGGCGGCCACUUGACCAUUCUUCUCUUGGUCUUCUCGGACUCGGAGCUCCACACCCCCAUGUACUUCUUCUUGUGUAACCUUUCCAUCGUAGAUUUAUCUUCUACCACAGUCACCCUACAUAAGUUUCUCUCUAUGUCUGUAACGGGUAAUGACACCAUAUCUUUUACUGCGUGUAUGGUGCAGAUGUGGAUUUUUUCGUGGCUCUCUGGCAAUGAGUUGAUAAUACUGACAGCAAUGAGCUACGACCGUUACGUUGCCAUCUGUAACCCAUUGCAUUACAUGGUGGUCAUGAACGAUAGAGUCUGCGCCGCUUUAGCCUCUUUCUGUUGGGCCUUUAGUUUUUUGCAGAUAUUACCCUCCAUGGUUAUUCUCGUAGGGUUCACCUGUUACACGUCUCACGUCAUUGACCAUUUCUUCUGUGACAUUAUGCCAUUGAUUGACCUUACCUGUAGCGAUACCUCCAUCUUACAAUUACUGAUAUUCACCGAGGGGGUCCUACUCUCAACCUUCACCCCAUUUCUUCUCACCUUCGUCUCCUAUGUGUUCAUCAUUUCUGCCAUUUUGAGAAUACAGUCCAUUAGGGGGAGAUCUAAAGCUUUCAACACCUGUUCCUCCCACCUCACGGUUGUUGGUCUUCAUUACUUUAGUCUUGUCUGCCAGUAUCUGACUCCCAUUGGCACCUUCAAGUCCAGUAAACUUUUAUCUCUGUUCAACACGGCCGUAGUCCCUAUGCUAAAUCCAAUUGUCUACAGUCUGAAAAAUAAAGACGUGAAGUCGGCUAUCCAACGAAAACAACGCCUUUUUUCGGCAAGGUUUUAA